GGCCGGCGCGGGCAGCGCCGCCACCGUCUGAACUAGGAUGUCCCGACAUGAAGGUGUCAGCUGUGAUGCAUGUUUAAAAGGAAAUUUUCGAGGUCACAGAUAUAAGUGUUUAAUUUGCUACAAUUACGAUCUUUGUGCAUCUUGUUAUGAAAGUGGUGCAAGGACGACAAGGCAUACAACUGACCACCCGAUGCAGUGCAUAUUAACAAGGGUAGAUUUUGAUUUGUACUAUGGUGGGGAAGCUUUCUCUGUAGAGCAGCCGCAGGCCUUUACUUGCCCCUAUUGUGGAAAGAUGGGCUACACGGAGACGUCUCUGCAAGAACAUGUCACUUCUGAACACGCAGAAACCUCGACAGAAGUAAUUUGCCCGAUAUGCGCGGCCUUGCCUGGAAGCGACCCCAAACACGUCACGGACGACUUCGCAGCCCAUCUCACACUUGAACACCGGGCCCCUAGAGAUUUAUAUGAAUUGAUUGGUGUUCGACACGUACGUAGAAUGUCCCACCCCGGCCGGGGCUUAGGAGGGCCCCGAGCUCGCAGGUCAAACAUGUACUUUACCAGCAGCUCUGCUCGCGGCCUCUCUUCCUCUCAGAGCUCGUAUUCUCCAAGCAGCCCGGAAGCCAUGGAUCCUAUAGCUGAGCUUUUACCUCAGUUGUCAGGCGUGAGACGUUCUGCAGGAGGACAGCUUAACUCUUCUGGCCCUUCCGCUUCUCAGUUACAGCAGCUGCAGAUGCAGCUGCAGCUGGAACGGCAGCACGCCCAGGCCGCGCGCCAGCAGCUGGAGACCGCGCUCAACGCCUCCCUGCGCUCCAACGCCAGCAGCGUCACCACUGCGGUCACGCAGUCCACGGCGACGGCCAGCACAGCCAACACGGAAAGCAGUCAGCAGGCGCUGCAGAACUCCCAGUUUCUUUUAACAAGGUUUUCUCUGCUGAAUGUCAGAUACUUUGUUAGUGCAGGGGAACAGAAGGACGACAGACACUAUCCCUGUGUCUACGACUUUAUUUUGUAUGACUCCCAAGACCCUCACCCCGACGUUUGUCUACUCACAUCCGCUGCAGACACUGCCUCUAAUGCCCGGAAGAAGGAAGAGGUGAAUAAUGCAAGGGGGAAGGAGGCCGACUUGAAAGUUGGGUCUGCCAAUGUGUGUCGUUUUCAAUGA